AUGCGCCCCAGCCUCACAAUACAUACACUGCAACAGCAACAGCAACAGCAACAGCAGCAGCAGCAGCAGCUUGAGUGUUUUUGUUUGUUUUUGUUCAGGGCUUGGUUGGUGCAGCAGCAGUCUUGCCCGACCUGUCGUGCUGAUAUUCCUGUAGAGCCACCCAGACCUGCAGCAGCAGCGCAGCAGCAGCAGCAGCAGCAGCAAGCAGGUGAUGCAGCAGCAGCUGCAGCAGCAGGGUCACCUGCUGCUGCUUCUGCAGCAGGGGUGGAAGGUUCUGGAUCGGCUUCACAGAGAGACAGCAGCCGCCAAGCAGGCAGCAGCAGCGGCAGCAGCAGCAGCAGCAGCAGCAGCAGCAGCAGCAACGCGUCACGCCCCAAUUCUGCUACAAGCCGCAGCAGCAGCAGCAAUUUAUUUGGUGCUUUCUCUCUCUUCUCAGAGCAGGCUUUAGGAGCGAGGCGGAGGCCUCCCUCUGCUGCUGCUGCUGCAGAAACAACCCCCAGCAGCAGCAGCAGCAGCAGCAGCAGCAGCAACGCGCAGCAAGGAUACGGAAGCUGGGGUGAACGUCAAGAGCAGCGGGAGCAGCAGACAGAGGGGCUUCUGGCUGCGCUUCGCUCCUCCCUUUACUUCUGCGAGGCUUAUCGGCUGCAGUCUGCGCUAUGGAUUGUCGAGGCCCAGAUUGUGCAGCUGCAGCAAGCGCGUCUUGCUGCUGCUGCUGCAGCUGCUGCUGUUGCAGGUGCGCCGCAAAUGGUGCAGCAGCAGCAACAGCAGCAGGAACUAGGAGGUGCUGCUUCACCGCAGCAGCAAGCAUCUACAGUCUUAACUCCACAGCAGCUGCAGCAGCAGCAGCUUAUGCUGCAUCAGCAGCAUCAGCAGUUGCUGCAGCAGCAACUCUUUAGCCAGCAGCUGCUGCAGCAGCAGCUGCUGCAGCAGGCUUCUUUGCUCGGUGCAUUACCAGGGGUCUCCAGCAACCCUGCUUGGAUUGGUGCUGCUGCUGCACCUCCUGCAGCAGCAGCAGCAGCUGCUGCUGCUGCUGCGCCGGUGGUUUCGUGGCAGGCGUUGGGCGUUGGUCCUGCUGCAGCAGCAGCUGCUGCUCACCCUUAUUCAUCUGCUGCUGCUGCUGCUGUUGCUGCUGCUGCUGCACCCCCUCCCCUCGAAGCUGCGCUUCCCGCGACCUGGAUCUUACAGCAGCAGCAACAGCUGCAGCAGCAGCUGCAGCAGCAACCGCAGCAGCAACAACAGCAACAGCAGCAACAACAGCAACAGCAGGUGCAGGAAAAGGUGCAGCAGCAACAGCAAAUCAUGCAGCAUCAGCAAGCACAGCAACAGCCGCAGCAUCGGCCGCAGCAGCAGCGGCAGCAGCAGCAGCAGCUGAACGAUGAAGAGCUGCAGCGCCUGCGAGCAGAGCAGCAGCGACGUUGGCUAGCUAACC